AAGUGUCCAAAAACACAACGGAAGCAUGUGAUCCUACCAGUGAGCAUGCGCACAGUACAGCGGCUGAACUCUGGAUUAUACAGAUGUCCCUCCGAAUGCACAGUGGGUUUUUCUCUACAUCAACUUCCAGAAGUGAAGUUGAAGGAUGAACACUGUGAAAGUGGCAGUUGUUGGAGCAGGUGUGAUUGGGCUGUCUACAGCAGUGUGUCUAGCUAAGGCUCUCCCAUACUGCUCUGUGAAAAUACUGUCUGAGACGUUCUCUCCAAACACCACUAGCGAUGGAGCAGCUGGGAUCCUUCUGCCUGAAGUGUUUCCAGAUAUCCCUCUGGAUCGUCAGCGGUAUUGGUUCAAGGAGACAUUUGAUCAUCUGCAGGCCCUUAUUGAAUCACCUGAGGCUCCAGAAGCAGGAGUGUACCUGAGCUCAGGAUACCAUGUAUUCAAAGAGGUGCCUGCUGAUCCAAAACCCUACUGGUCUGAUUAUGUGUUUGGAUUCCGCUUCAUGACAGAUCGUGAGAUGAAAAGAUUCCCCAAUCAUAAAUUUGGUCAAGCUUUCACCUCAAUAAAGUGUGAGUGCCCCAGAUACCUGCCAUGGCUGGAGAAAAGGUUUAGAGAGACUGGUGGUCAGAUUAAAUGUGAGAAGGUGACUGACCUUCAGCAGCUCAUCCCGCACUAUGAUGUCAUUGUGAACUGCUCAGGUGUUUGGUCCCAUCACCUGGUGGGUGAUCAGGGAGUCUACCCAGUGCGGGGGCAGAUUCUCAAGGUUCAUGCUACUUGGCUGAAGAACUUCAUUCGGGAUGGAGAUGGAAAGACCUACGUCUACCCUGGCAUUGACUAUGUCACUAUAGGGGGCACUCGGCAGAAGGAUGACUGGAGGCUGGAGCUAGAUAAGGGAGACAGCGAGUUGGUGAUGGAGCACUGCAGUCAGCUGGAGCCCUCUUUGAAGAAAGCUCAGGUGUUAGAGGAGUGGGUGGGUCUCAGGCCUGGCAGGAAGAAUCCACGUGUGGAGAGGGAGUGGCUGCAGGCUCAGGACCGCCAGGUGCCACUGGUGCAUAACUAUGGCCAUGGUGGCUGUGGUAUUAGUCUGAGCUGGGGCUCCGCACUGGAUGCAGUUGGGUUGGUGAGGCAGAGUCUGCAUGAGAAGCCACCUCACGCAAAACUGUAAAUGCACUGUAGUACAGUAGUUUGCAAGUCGUGAUUGUCUCUAUCAUCACUGUCCAAUGACAGGUUAUUGCAGUGGCCAUAUAUGUUCUUAAUGACAGCUGAAUCUAAAUAAUUUCAUUAGUUUAGAACAUUGUCAAAUGAAGUAUUUCAGGUGUGUUUCACAGUCAUCUGCAGACAUUUUGCUACUCACAAAUUAUUUACCACUAUAGACAAAUCAUAUUACCAUGCUAAUAUUAUUCAUGUUUGUACCACUUUUUUGCAGUGUCUGCGCUAAUCAUAGAAUACCUAACAAAAACAGCAAACAUGAUCAGAAAUGAUUUGUUGAGUUUAGGCUCAAGUCCUUUCUCUCUGCUAACAAAUAUAGUAUAAGCAAACAGGAUCAAUAUAAAAUUCCUUGUUCUGGCAUUUACAAAAACACAACUUUAAAACUUUAAAACACUGUCAAUCAAAGCACAGGCACUUUAAAAAAAAUAGUAAAUAAUAUAAAAGACCCUGUAGCAUUUAGAGGCAGUCCAUGUGCUGACCAAGUACAACUUUUUUAAAAAAAAAUACUCAUUUUGGCUUCACAGAAAUGUUUUUCUUUUUUAACCAGAGAGUUAAGAGUAUAGGUAGCACUUUUCCCUCAUCCUCAAGACAUCUUCAGUAGUCAGCUCUGUCAUCUCGAGAGGAACUGCACUCUUUGUACAAAUUUUGCUUGCCUUGAAGAGUAUGAAGAACAACGCUUCCAUCAUCUUGGAUGUUCUGCCCAGUUCUCCAACACAGUUUCACUCUGCUCCUCUAGUUGUUCCCUGCGGUGCAGGCUGGCGUGUUGCCGUGGUGAACGAGGCCCUGUCCUUAGACCAAACUUCCAUUUUGUGAGGUGGAACUGUGCUUUGAUGAAGUUGUAGAAGUCAUACUCGUACUUCAUACUCUGGUACAACACCUGCAGGGACUUCAGACUCGGUGUCUGCUUGUGAACAGUUCCUGUCAUAUUCCCUAAUUUCCUGUAUUCUAAAGGGUUCAAAAUAAAGAAACCAUUAAAGCAUACAUCAUACAAAUGUU